AUGCCGCCCCGCAAGAGCGACGUGGCGAAAGCUACCAGCGAGGAGGUAGCCGUUGGCGCGCCGAGCACCAGCACGCCUGCGAAAGAGGCAGCGCACAAGGAGAAGGAUGGUAUUAAUAUCGAGGACCUCAACCUCCCCAAGUCCAUCGUAACGCGCCUCGCGAAAUCCGUGCUCCCGCCCAGCACGCAGAUCCAGGGAAACGCGAUGCUCGCGAUGACGAAAUCGGCGACGGUGUUCGUCGGGUACCUGGCGGCGCACGCGAAUGAGUAUGCUCAGGCGGCGAAUCGGAAGACGGUUGCGCCGGCGGAUGUGUUGAGGGCGCUGGAGGAUCUGGAGUUUGGGGAGUUUAGGCCGAGGUUGGAGAGGGAGUUGGAGGUGUUUAGUGAGAAUGCUGCGAGGAAGAGGGCGGGGGCUGCGAAGAAGAAGAAGGGGGGGGAGAAGGAGGAGGGGGAGGGGAAGGAGGAGGAGAAGGAGGGAGGACCGAAGGCGAAGAAAGCGAGGUUGGAGGAGGGGGCGGAGGUGGGGGGGGUGGAGGAGGAGGAGACGCAGCUUGAUGAUCAUGAGGAGGGGGAGGAGGAGCAUGAACAUGAGCAUGAGGGUGAUGAGGAGCCGGAUGAUGAGGUUGAGGAUGAUGGGGAGGAGGAGGAGCAGGAGGAUGAACAUCAUGAUGGCGAUGGUGAGGAUAGGGUGGACAAUGGGAGGGAUGAGGAUGAGGCGCUUGAUAAUGGCGAGGAUAGCGAUUAAGUCUGAAAUGUGGUCUAGAUAUGAUCAAUGGUAAGGCGUUUGGGCACGGCGCUGCAGGGGCAUAUAGGGUUGGAAUACGAGAUAGCCAGGCAUUGAAGAGUGGGUGAAAGUCCGACGAAAUUGCCAGUAAUACACUCCAUCACAUCUAUAUUAUCUCUUAAUGACUUACCGCUUCCCUGUCAAAGUUUUAUAAAACUUUCAAAACUCCUCCGGAAAACUACAAUCACAUGUCACACCAGCACAGAACAGACACAGCA